CCAACUCCAAACGAACAAGGGGGAGGUUCACCCUUCACGAUGGCCGCGGCAGUGACUCGCCGGGUCAAUGGCGGCCUCCACGUCGAGCCCACCAACGGCAACGGCGUGGCCAACGGGGAGAACCGGCGCGACGGGGCACCAGCAGACUCGCCCGUCGCCAAGCGGAUCAACGACGCCAAGGACAGUGAUGUCUGGGUGGCCGUCGAGGAAGGGGACAUGUCGGGGACCGGCGAUGGCGACAGCAGCCGGCCGCUACUCUUCCGGACCAUGAAGGUCAAGGGCAGCAUCCUGCAUCCUUACAGGUUCUUAAUUCUUCUGCGACUGAUCGCCAUCAUCGCGUUCUUCAUAUGGCGCAUCAAGCACAAAAACCAGGAUGGCGUGUGGCUCUGGGUCAUGUCCAUGGCUGGGGACGUCUGGUUCGGCUUCUCAUGGGUCCUCAACCAGCUCCCAAAGCUCAACCCCGUCAAGCGCGUUCCAGACCUCACCGCCAUCAGAGAUCAGUACGAUUCCUCCACCUCCAGUGAAUCCAAGCUGCCUGGCAUCGAUGUCUUCGUCACCACCGUCGACCCAGUGGAUGAGCCUAUACUGUACACGGUGAACUCCAUUCUCUCCAUCCUUGCCGCUGACUACCCAGUGGAGAAGUAUGCAUGUUACCUUUCAGACGAUGGUGGGACGUUAAUCCACUAUGAGGCAAUGCUUGAAGUUGCAAAAUUUGCUACGUUAUGGAUCCCCUUUUGUCGAAAGCAUAGCAUAGAGCCCAGAGCACCAGAGAACUACUUUGAGGUGAAGAGGCGACCAUACAUGGGAAGUAUGCAAGAAGAAUUCAUGAGUGACCACAGGCGUGUGCGCAGAGAAUAUGAAGAAUUCAAGGUGAGGAUAGACUCCCUUUUUAACACCAUUCAACAACGAUCUGAGGCUUACACUGGCAAGAACACGGAAGAAAAUGGUGUGAAGGCAACUUGGAUGGCCGAUGGGACACAGUGGCCUGGCACAUGGAUUGAGCAAGCUGAGAACCAUAGAAAAGGACAACAUGCUGGAAUUGUUCAGGUCAUACUAAACCAUCCGAGCCAUAAACCACAACUCGGAUUGCCGUCAAGCAUUGACAAUCCAUUUGACUUUAGCAACGUUGACAUGCGCCUUCCCAUGCUCGUCUACUUGUCCCGCCAGAAGCGCCCUGGCUAUAACCACCAAAAGAAGGCUGGUGCCAUGAAUGUGUUGCUCCGUGUCUCCGCCUUGCUCUCCAAUGCACCCUUUGUCAUCAACUUCGACUGCGACCACUACAUCAACAACUCGCAGGCCCUGCGUGCAGCGAUGUGCUUUAUGCUCGACCCGCGCGAUGCCCAGAACACCGCCUUUGUCCAAUUUCCGCAACGCUUCGACGACGUCGAUCCAACAGAUCGGUAUGCCAACCACAACCGUGUCUUCUUUGAUGGCACCAUGCUCUCCCUCAAUGGCCUACAAGGGCCCUCCUACCUUGGCACCGGUUGUAUGUUUCGUCGUGUCGCGCUAUACGGUAUGGAGCCACCGCGAUGGGGAUCGGGCGACAUCAAGGUAACAGGCACGGCCAAAGAAUUUGGUAAGUCAAUACUGUUCACAAACUCGACGCUAGAUGGCGCGAACCAAGAACAGUCGUCUAUCACACCAAUGUUGUUCGAUGAGUCGAUCAACACUGAGCUGACUACCCUGAUGAAUUGUGCCUACGAGGAUGGCACUUCAUGGGGGAGAGAUGUUGGGUGGGUGUACAACAUUGCAACAGAGGACGUGGUGACCGGAUUUCGCAUGCACCGUCAAGGCUGGCGCUCCUUGUAUUGCUCCAUGGAACCAGCCGCGUUCCGUGGCACUGCGCCGAUCAACCUCACCGAGCGUCUCCUCCAAAUAUUGCGGUGGUCAGGUGGCUCCCUUGAGAUGUUCUUCUCCCACAGCAAUGCACUCCUUGCAGGUCGUCGGAUGCACCCCCUGCAGCGGAUCGCGUACCUCAACAUGUCGACCUAUCCGAUCGUCACGGUAUUCAUCCUGGCCUACAACCUCUUCCCGGUGAUGUGGGUGAUCUCUGAGCGAUUCUACAUCCAAAGGCCAUUCGGCCCGUACAUACUAUACCUUAUCGCGAUCAUCGCGAUGAUGCACGUGAUCGGCAUGUUCGAGGUGAGAUGGGCAGGCAUCACCUUGCUCGACUGGUGCCGCAACGAGCAAUUCUACAUGAUCGGCGCGACUGGAGUGUACCCGACGGCGGUGCUGUACGUGGCGCUGAAGCUGAUCACGGGGAAGGGGAUACACUUCAGGCUCACGUCGAAGCAGACAGCGGCCUGCUCCGCCGACAAGUUCGCCGACUUGUACGCCGUGAGGUGGGUGCCUCUGCUGAUCCCCACCAUCGCAGUCUUGCUUGUGAAUGUCGCGGCCGUUGGGAUGGCAGUCGGCAAGGCAGCAACGUGGGGGUUGUUCACGGAGCAGGCACGGCACGCUAUGCUCGGGAUGGUCUUCAACGUGUGGAUUCUCCUGCUCCUCUACCCGUUUGCACUUGGGAUCAUGGGACGCUGGGGGAAGAAACCUUCCAUCCUGUUUCUUCUGCUGGUGAUGGCCGUUGGUACAGUUGCGAUCGCGUAUGUCAACUUCCGUGCCACGUACCCGACAGGAUGGUCAGAAAUUGCAACUUCUCUCGGUAGAGCAGAAUCAGUGACCGGGUCAUCUGGGUAGAUUUAUAUAGUUCAUUUUGAUAAUGCGUCACUGCACACUCGGUGCAGUGGUUUGGUUGUAUUUAGCUGUGAUGGUAGCUCAAGUAAGGGUUGUAUUCAUCCAACGUGAGACGUUGACAUGAAAAUUUUUAAGAUUUUUGUUGUCCCUUACUUUUUAAUUUUUAACUACAGCCCAUCAAAAAUCUAUAUAAAGAUCACCUCUUGUGCUUG